GUACCCGGGGUCUCUUACAUACCGCAAUUGUUAGCACGGAAGCCCGAUUCACAAUAGAAACAUUAUGCCUGCCUACCAUUCGACCUUCCUUGCUGAAGAAGACACCAACGCCAGAAUAGUGGGGAACAUUGCUGUUCUGCCAAUUAAGACGCGGUUUAAGGGUCCCUCCCUUCCAUGCAUGGACCCUUACGAUAUCAUCGACGAGGUGCUAGACUUGUUCAGAGCUAACACCUUCUUCAAGAACUUUGAGAUCAAAGGUGCCUCCGACAGGACCCUCAUCUACGGGAUACUAUUUGUGUCGCAGUGUCUCGACGCCUUAAACCCAAGCAGCUCGCAAAACGAGGCCGUGAAGGUGCUCACCAACUUGUCCUUGGAAGACUUUGCCAUUCCGGGCGAUAUUGGCUUUCCACUCAACGCUCUAUACCUGCCCCCUUCGAACAAAAACGACGCUGUGUUUUUGAGACAGUACUUGACCCAAUUCAGACAGGAAUUGGCCUCAAGAUUGAUCCAGAGGCUAUAUACCGCUGACUCUGCAAGGCCUAGCAAGUUCUGGUUGGCGUUCGGGAAGAAGAAGUUCAUGAACAAGUCUCUUUGAACGGGUGGAUAUACAAUUUUCGAAUAAAGAUGUAUAUAUGUAUCACUAGACUACAAACACUUUUAUAACUCAGACCUUGAAAACCUCAAUAUUAUGAUGAUCCAACUCGCUGAUCAUGUCGUUCAUAUCAUCGCUCUUAAAAUCCCAACCAAGCAUCGCACUCAACCCAAGCCUCUCGAAACAGGGCAACCGUUCCUCAUCAACCGCGAUGGUGAUGUCGUUAGGAGAGAGCUUUUCACACAUGCCCAUGUAACC